UCUCUCGUCAAGUAGCUCCUCUGCGAGCUCCCCAUCGCCCUCUCUUCGCGACUCGGACGAUAUGCUGAAGAACGAGUUCGGCGAGAACUUGCGCUUUGAUGACCCAGAGGCCCUGGAGCUGCUGCUUCAAACCAUUACGCAGCACGGUGACCCGUCAGUGGUCACCGACCCAGCGGAAGACUGGUCGAGAAUGUCUUCCUGGGUUGCCCAGGACGGAAAGCCUGCAGACUUUGGCAACGAAUUCAACUUCACUUUCCCCAUGGAUCUAGAUGUAGACCCGCUGAAUAUGGCGGUCGACCCCAGCUCUCUGCACUUCAACACGUCAAUAUUCAGCCAAGCGGCUCUCAGCGAGAACCCAUACUACUCCCUGCCACAGAACCCGGACGUCUCCUCGGCUUCCAUGUUUUCCUUCGACGCGUCUUCAUGGCCAACAGGUAGUCACAUGGAGCCUGGCACCGCCCGUCGGCUUAGCUUGACGUCGUCUUCAUCCUCCUCGGGCGCGUCCUUGUCGCCUAUGUUGGAAUCGCAGUCUUCUGCUGGCAGUCCUCCUUCUAGCGACUGCGGGACGUCGGACUCGGACCCCGCCUUCGAGCUCGCCCAGCGUGCACGUCAGGCUGCUGGGGUUACGCUCGCUGUUCCCGUGAGCCCGCAGGCCCAACAGCUUGCUGCUGCUAGCCAAGAGAAGCCUGUUAUGUCUCGCACUCCCCGCCAGCAGCCUUCGCCUGCUGCCGCUGCUGCGCCCGCUAAGACCCCCAAGGAGCUGUCGCCUAUCCUCGAAGUGAUCUCGCGUGCAUCACCGCCGGCCUCGACACCGUCCGAGUCGGGGAGCACUACUUCGGCGUCUUCGAGCGCGACACAGAGCCCAAACCUUGACGCACCUGCGCCCACACCUCGCCCCAAGACUAGCCACACCACCAUCGAGAGACGAUACCGGACAAAUCUCAAUGCUAGAAUCACCGGCUUGAGACAGUCGGUGCCUGCAUUGCGUGUGCUCGAGCUUAAGGACGGUAUACCAUCACCAUACGGUGAUAUCGUCGACUCUCGCGGUUUUGUAGACGGUGUCAAGGUUGCCCGGAAGAUGAGCAAGGCUAAUAUCCUCGGUAAAGCUACAGAGUAUAUUCGCGUCUUGAAGAAGCGAGAAGCUCGUCUGAAGCAAGAGCAGGACGGCCUUAAGUCUCUUGUCGGCGGGCUUGUAGGCGGUCCGGCGUUGCUGAAGGAAUGGGAGCGCGAAUGGCGAGAGCUAUUUGGCGGCGAAGAGAAAGAUGAGAUUGAGGGCAACGAUACUGCAGCUGGAAGCGACGACGAGGACGGUGAUUGCGAGGACAGCGAUGGUGAAGACGAGGAAGGACGUGCUCGCAAGAAAGCGAAGGUUGCCAAGCCUCCCAAGAAAGAGAGGCCUACCAAGCCCACUCCUCCGCCCGCUGUUCCUGCGGUGCCGGGCGCCGUCCCAGAGAAGAGGAAGCGUGGUCGUCCGCGCAAAGUCCCUUUGCCGCCGGCUGUUCCUGCCACGACCCUCACACCUAUGGAGGGAGUAACGGCUACCAUCAUUCCCCCGAUUGUCCCUGUGCAACAAGACAUAAUUUCUCCUGUCAGCCAGCCCACUCCACAAUAUCUCCUCGCCGUCUUCGCAUUCUUCUCUGUCUUGAACUCGCCACUCGCGUCAAGCUUCGGUCGCACGAACACGCAUGCCCACUCUGAGGCUCAUACCCAUCGCGGCACUGUCCUCAAUGCAUACCCUACUAUGAUACCCACUGCUUCUGCUCCGGUCGCUCGGCAGACCUACGGGCUUGGUGAGCUGGUUCAGGCAUUCCACCUCCUCGUCUCGACAAUGGUAUUCUUUUACAUCGUCUUCCCUUGGCUUUCUGGCGCUUUCCGACAUCACGCCGUCCUCUCUGCUGUCAUUCAGCGACUGCGCUCUUACGCGACUCGCGUUCAUAAGCCAUCGCCGGUAUCCAUGUCACCCGUGAACUCUCGGGGAUAUGUCCAGCGUAUUGCUCUUGUCGAUGCGCUGUCGCAAGCCGCUCGUGGCGCACCCGAUGAAGCUGCCCGUCUGAGGCAGGCGCUAGGUGUGACGACGGGUGUAUUUGGUCUCAUGCAAGGCGUCAUCAAGGCAGCCCGAAUCGAUCGCGGCCUCGAGAUGAAUCAGUUGGAGCAGCGUGCCUGGGUCCGACUGGGCGAGUUGGUUGCUUUCGAUGGUUCCAUGCCCAAGACUACCCGCCUUCAGACCUAUUGGUGCAUGUCCUGGCACGUCUCGACCUUCGCGACCUCGACUUCGGACUUGACUACCCUCGCUCUUAUGAUUCUUCCGGUUUCGUCAACCAAGGCGACAGAACUCUGGGACCGUGCCGCCGACCGCGAAGUGCUUCGCCCACACGAACGGAUCGUCUUGUCGAACAUGUCGGUCAAUGAUGCCGCGGAAUGGCUUGAGAAGUGGCGACGCUGGCACGAUACUGAGCGCAAGGGUGGCCGCUGUGCUGCAUGCGAGAAACGCACACCCCUUGGUGUGCUCGCUGCCAUCCUCAUUCGUGAACGACUACGCAAGCACGCUGCUGCGAUGUUCGUCCGCUCUGUCGUCCCGAACGAGAUUCGCGAAAUAUCAGAGACCUGCGACUCAGAUAACCUCGUCGCCGCCUACGACUCGGAGAAGGACUAUCAGGAUGGCGAGCAGCUCCGCGAGACGAUUGAGGCGGGCAAGUCCAUCGGCGGCCGUACCGCCGAGCUUGCGACAUUCCUUGAGCGCAUCUGGGACACCGGUUUCUGCUCGCACGAGGAUGUGCUCCCGAGGUCAUAUGCGGAGCGUAAUGAAGGCCAAGGGUGGGAGGAUGAACACGACCUCGCGCGUAGCGACGAGGCCGAGAUCCGCGCGCUCCUCAGUGCGACACUCGUAUACCGUCGUAUCUUCCCCUCGUCGUUCCCCUCGUGCGCGACGGCCGUGUCCGUUAUCCUCUCGCCGCCACCAUCACCGUCACGCAAGAAUCUGGCGCUGCAUGUCUCGCUCCGUGCUGCGCUCGCGUCGUCAGCAUUCGACUUCGAGGGCAAGUCGCCCGAGGACCUGCGCCUCGCGGCCGCACUCGAGGACGCACGCGAUCGGGUCAACGACAUGCUGACCGCGCUUGAGCGUUCGCUGCGCCGGAACGUUAAGGCGCUAUAAUAUAUUCUGUUUUGCGAUUGCUGUGUUUUGAGCUUCUCUUUGACGACCUUGGUUACUAUCGUAUAUAUCUAUAAACUAUCUUACGACUUGCUUUGUGUGUAGUUUUACUGUCCUAGUGCCGGAACGAUCCUACUUCUUUUAAGUCCAAACGAAAAUUAUGAACAUAAAA